AUGAAAAUAUGCUCUGUUGUGUUUCAGUUGCUUAUAUUCUUAUGUGUAUUUUAGGGAAAGUCACGCUAUUUUACGGGUAUUUCCCCUUCAACAUGGAAUCCCUUAGUCUAUCUGGAUUACAAUAACUUUUGGAGGACCAUGGACAAGAUGGGAACAGAGAUUCCUCUUGAAGCACCAUGGGACGCUCCACAUGCUGAAGAAUGGGACAAAAUGACCAUGAAAGAGCUGAUAAAUAAGAUUUGCUGGACAAAAGCUGUUAAAGAAUUUGCCACCUUCUUUGUGAAUGUCAACGUCACGUCUGAGCCUCAUGAAGUCUCUGCUCUCUGGUUCCUGUGGUACGUGAGGCAGUGUGGGGGCACAGCCAGGAUUUUCUCUAUCACCAAUGGGGGCCAGGAGAGGAAGUUUAAAGGAGGUUCUGGUCAGAUAUCAGAGAAAAUAAUGGAAUGCCUCAAAGGCAGAGUUAAACUGGAGAGACCUGUGGUCCGUAUUGAUCAGACAGGUGAUAAUGUCAUUGUGGAGACUCUAAACCAUGAGAUAUAUGAGGGCAAGUAUGUGAUCAGUGCUAUCCCUCCAAUCCUGACAACAAAGAUUCAUUACAUACCAGAACUGCCAUCAAAGAGAAACCAGUUAAUUCAGCGUUUGCCUAUGGGGUGUGUCAUAAAAUGCAUGGUGUACUACAAGGAAGCCUUCUGGCAGAGGAAGGGUUAUUGCGGUUCCUUCGUUAUUGAGGAUGAAGAGUCUCCAGUUGGAAUAACCAUAGAUGACACGAAACCUGAUGGAUCUUUCCCUGCAAUUAUGGGUUUCAUCCUUACCAGAAAGGCUGUUAAACUGGCCCAUCUCAGUAAGGAGGAAAGGAAGAAGAAGAUCUGUGAGGCAUAUGCCAAGGCAAUGGGGAUGGAAGAGGCUUUACAUCCUGUGCAUUACGAAGAAAAGAACUGGAGCUUGGAGCAAUAUUCAGGGGGUUGUUACACAGCCUACUUCCCACCAGGCAUAAUGCAUUCUUAUGGAAGGAUCAUUCGCCAGCCCAUUGACAGACUCUACUUUGCUGGCACAGAGACAGCUACCCAAUGGAGUGGAUACAUGGAGGGGGCCGUACAGGCAGGAGAAAGAGCAGCCAGAGAGAUAUUGCACAGUAUGGGGAGGAUCCCAGAGAAUGAAAUUUGGAUGCCAGAGCCAGAGUCGAAGGAUGUCCCAGCCCGACCGUUCACCACCAGCUUCUGGGAGAGGAACCUGCCAUCCGUGCCGGGACUGCUGUGCCUGCUUAGCUCUACCCUGUGUUUCACCUCUGUGGCUGCUGCGGGGCUGUUUGCCUGCAAAAAAGGACUACUAAUUCGAAACUAGUGGGGACUACACGUCCAGUGGAAGCUGCAUACUCCAUCUUCUUCCCUUUUACCAGAUGAGUGUUAUUUUUGGAGAGAAGUGGCACAGACAGCUGGAAAGGGCAAAAGUUGUUCUCCUUGUGAUUUUUCUUUUUAGUACCAUAAUUAAUGCAUCAAAUCUACUGCAGUUGCUACCAGCAAAACAGAAAUAAAUCAAUGGCGGGGG